AGGGCAGCCGUUUGUUGGAGAUACAACGGAGCCAAGGGUCCUGGCUUAUGAAGAAAAUGAUAACAUUUUGAAAUUUAUCCAGAAAUUGGAGGCUAAUUUCAUUUUGUGCAUGAGGAGCGUCACUCUGCUGUAGACCGCCACAGCCUAAAGCCACUCUGCCAAAUCUGGGACCAUGUCUGGAGCCUAUGACGAGUCCGCAAGCCAGGAGGAGACCACGGACAGCUUCUGGGAGGUGGGCAACUACAAACGUACAGUGAAGCGGAUUGAUGAUGGCCACAGGCUCUGCAAUGACCUGAUGAACUGUAUCCAGGAGCGUGCCAAAAUUGAAAAAGCCUAUGCACAGCAACUGACUGACUGGUCCAAGAGAUGGCGACAGCUGGUAGAAAAAGGUCCCCAGUAUGGCACAGUAGAGCGAGCCUGGACAGCAAUGAUGACAGAGGCAGAGAAGGUGAGCGAGCUUCACCAGGAAGUGAGGAACAGCCUGAUCAAUGAGGACUUUGAGAAGGUGAAGAACUGGCAGAAAGACUCCUACCACAAACAGAUGAUGGGAGGAUUCAAGGAAACCAAAGAGGCAGAAGAGGGCUUCAAGAAGGCCCAGAAACCAUGGGCCAAAAAGUUAAAAGAGCUUGAGGCGGCUAAGAAGUCCUACCACAUAGCCUGCAAAGAGGAGAAGCUGGCAUCCACCAGAGAGGCCAACAGCAAGGGAGAGGCCUCUGUCACAGCAGACCAGCAGAAGAAACUCCAUGAGAAAGUCGACAAGUGCAAACAGGAUUCACAGAAGGCCAAGGAAAAGUAUGAGAAGGCUCUGGAUGAGCUGAGUAAGUGCACCCCACAGUACAUGGAAAACAUGGAGCAAGUGUUCGAUCAGUGCCAGCAGUUUGAAGAGAGGAGGUUGAGCUUCAUCAGGGAGGUGCUGUUGGAUGUCAAACGCCACCUCAACCUUACAGAGAACCAAAGUUACGCCACAGUUUACAGGGAUCUUGAACGCAUCAUCACAUCAGCCAGCCCACAAGAAGAUCUGAAGUGGUUUAGCAGCAACCACGGCCCUGGCAUGCACAUGAACUGGCCGCAGUUUGAGGAGUACAACCCAGACCUUACCCAUAACAUCAGUAAGAGAGAAAAAUCAAAGAAGACCAAUGAUGGAGUCAUGCUGACUAAUGUCACUAAUGUAGCAGACCAUGCUCAGGCUGCAGACCGAGGAAGUGUAAGCAGCUAUGAGAAGAACCAAGCCUACACAGCAUCCACAGAAUGGUCAGACGAGGACCAGACGGCCCCCAACUCAGGCAACGACACCAACGGAGGAGCCAAUCCCUUCGAUGAGGACUUGGGGAAAGGUGUAAGAGUGAGAGCGCUGUAUGACUAUGAUGGCCAGGAGCAGGAUGAGCUCAGCUUCAAAGCAGGCGAUGAGCUGACCAAGCUGGAGGAGGAGGACGAACAGGGCUGGUGUAAAGGUCGUCUGGACAACGGCCAGCUGGGUCUUUACCCAGCCAAUUAUGUUGAGCCCAUCUAGCUGUUUGUACUGAGGACGCUGCCUCAUUGGAGGGCUAACCUAAAUUCAAUCAUACUGCACAUUGCCAGAGACUUCAAAGCAAAGCUUCCCCCUCCCGUCAGGCACAUUGAACUGUCUUCAUCUCAGUGCUUGAUCAUAACUCAUCAAAGAAGACCAUACUGAAAGUAACAUCUGUCACUUUGUAUUUUGGGUUUGAGACCACGUCAACUGAAAAUCAUGUCCAAUUACACACACCAAUACUACAAGAUCCUGCAGCUGAAGGAAAACAUUUUAGUAUAUUUUGUGUGUAGCUGUGUUCAUUUUCAGUUGUGACGCCGAUAUGCCAUACAGUAUGUUCUCUCACAAUAAUAUUGAUAUGGUAUAGUAAGUGGUGCCUGGAUAGCGAGAAUGAGCUAUGCAUUGUGCAU